AUGAAAUCCUUCGCCAUUAUCGCCUGCUUGGUCUCCACCUCAUCCGCCUUCUUGUUCGGCGGACUUCUCGGAGGCGGAGGAGGAGGCGGAGCCUGUUGUGGAGCCCCAGCCGCACCACCACAACUACCACCAGCUCCAGCUGCUGGAGGAUACGUGACGGCUCCAUCUGCUCCAGCUCCACUCUACCCAUCAGCUCCAGCUCCAGCUAUUCCAGCCGCCGGAUACGCUCAAGCUCCAGCUCUUGGAGGAGGAUUUGGAGGACUUGGAGGUGGACUCGGAGGUGGACUCGGAGGAGGGUACCAGGCUGCCCCAGCUCAAGGAGGACUUGGAGGACUUGGAGGUGGAUACCAAGCCGCUCCAGCUCUUCAACUUCCAGGACUCGGAGCACCAGCCCCAGCUCUUGGAGGACUCGGAGGAGGAUACCAAUCCGGACCAGCUCAAGGAGGUUUCGGAGGACAAGCCCAAGGAGCCCAAGGAGGAUAUCAGUCUGGACCAGCUCAAGGAGGACUUGGAGGACUUGGAGGUGGAUACCAAGCCGCUCCAGCUCUUCAACUUCCAGGACUCGGAGCCCCAGCCCCAGCUCUUGGAGGACUCGGAGGAGGAUACCAAUCCGGACCAGCUCAAGGAGGUUUCGGAGGACAAGCCCAAGGAGCCCAAGGAGGAUAUCAGUCUGGACCAGCUCAAGGAGGAUUUGCCGCUCAACAAGGACCAGCUCAAGGAGGAGAAGGAUACCAACAAGCUGCUCCAGCAGGAUUCGCUGCCCAAGCCCCAGCUCAAGGAGGAUCUGGAUAUCAAUCUGGACCAUCCCAAGGAGGAUUCGCCGCCCAACAAGCCCCAGUUCAACAACAACAAUCCGCUGGUUACCAAGCCCCACAACAAGUUGCUCCAGUUGCUCCAGCUCCAGCUCAAGGAGGUUACCAAGCCUCCCAACCAGCUCCAAUCGCCCCACCAACCCCAUCUCAAGGAUACGAAGCCCCAGCCGCGGUUGCUCAACAACCAGCUCAAGUUUCCGCUCCAGUUGAAUCGGUUCAAGCCUCCGGAUACCAAUCUGGAGCUGGAGCCGUCGCUCAGCCAGCAGCCGGAGGAUCUUAUUCUCAGGGAAAGAAGUUCUAG